UUAUUUUAUCAGCACAGAGGGAUCACCACGACGACGGCAGCUUUUCAGUGUGAAGACGGUGGGUCUGUUCCCACGCCGGUGUCUGACCUGCGAGCUGAACAAAGCUCACUGUCUGUACUUCGGUUCUGACAUCAGCCCCACCAACCAGCACAUUAUCCUCCGCUGUAAAGGUCCUGGAGCACCUACUGUGAUCUUACACAGCCUCAUUCAUUCAAAUUACUACAUCCUGGAGAACAACUUGCUGCUGAAGGCCGCCCUGCAGUUCAAAAGGAUCCAGAUGACCGACUUCAGAACCGUGCAGAUGGAACAUUUUGAUUUACCUUUAAAGAUCUCCUAUCCUCCAGACUUCUCUGAGUCCCGUCACUAUGGCCUACUGCUGCUUAUAGACAGCGCCCCCGGUGGCCAGGCUGUGAGCGAGCGCUUCUCUCUGGGCUGGGACUCGGUGCUGGUCAGCUCAGACAGCGUCAUCGUGGCCCGUCUGGACGGCCGGGGCAGCGGAUUCCAGGGUCAGAGGGUCCUGCACGAAGUCCACCAGAGGCUGGGGACUGUGGAUGUCCAGGACCAGAUCGCUGCAGUGGAAUUCAUGAUGACAUUUCCAUAUAUUGAUCGAACACGGAUAGCAGUGUUUGGAAAGGGUUAUGGAGCGUACAUAACAUUAAUGAUGCUCAAGUCCACGGACAGCCUCUUCAAAUGUGCAUGUGCGAUGUCUCCGGUGACGGACUGGAAACUCUACGCAUCAGCGUUCUCUGAGAGAUACCUGGGCAUGCCAUUACGGGAUGACAGCAGAUAUCAGUUUUCCAGCGUACUGCAGAGUGUCCAGGCGCUGAAAGAAGAGACACUGAUGCUGGUGCACGGCACAGCAGAUGCAAACAUUCACUUCCAGCAUACUGCUGAGCUCGUCAAGAACCUGGUGAAAGUUGGAGCAAACUACUCAAUGCAGAUCUACCCAGAUGAGGGCCACUUCCUGUCCCAGCAGAGUCGCGUGCACCUAUACGCCACGCUGACCAGCUUCUACAGGGAGUGUCUGAAGGAGGAGCUCCUACCGCUGCCCGAUGACGAAGAGGAGGAGGAGGAGUAGGGGGAGGCUUUGAGGGUCGGACCUUUGGCAGAGCUUGAAGGAUUUUGCUAAAAUCCGUCAAGGCCUUAUUGGACCAAGUGUUUAGCGAGACAUGGACAUUGGGUUAGAGCUGCUAAUGCUCCUAAAGUGUGUGUGUGGCUGUGUGUGUGAGCACUCCCGUGUGUGACUGUAUGUGUAAAUGUGUUGAAAAGAUAACUGAAGGACACAACAGUGACACUUGCGUUGAGGCGGGAACUGGCCUCCAGUCGUCUCAAUUUUUGGACGCUUCGUUUCUUGGCAAAGCGCACAGAAGAGAUCCUCCAUGUUUCGUCUUCAUCCACAGUGCAUGGUUCUUUUUCCCCUAGCCGCCUCACACAUCUCGACAUGUUAGUCCCCAUGGUGGUAACACUUGCAGAGGAAGAACACAGCUGUCCACUUUGAACUCACCUCUCCUUUGGUUGAUGUAUUGUUGCACAGAUUAACGCUCCAGAGGAAAGGUUUAGUGACUCAAGUUCACCACAACAGAGCCCAUCCUGAAUAAGAGCUACUUCCUGCUGAAACCCCCCCCAUCGCCCACCCUUAAUAUAAAAAAGUCUUUAUAGGUCACACUUUAUUGUACAGGGGUCUUGAGUAGACAUGUACAAUGCCUUAUGAGGUUCAACAUACAGUAAUAUUACUUGCUGGCAGUGGUAGUCAUACAUUAGCAGUGUCAUGUUAACCUAUGUCAACUCAGGUCCUCGAGACAUGACUCCAUCAUCAGUUUAGCAUCAGCUGUACGCUUAGGAACAAGUGAUGCAUACCACGGUAUGAAGAUUACUGAAAUGUGGUUUACACUUAAAGGGAUAGUUUAUAUGUUUUGAAGUGGGCUUCUAUGAGUUACUUAUCUCCAGUGGUGGAAAAUAACUGAGAACAUUAUUAAGUACAUUACAUUUAUGUAUUGUUUUUAUGUAAUUCUUUGGCAUAUUUAUAAUUACCUGAGUUUUUCCAUGUAAUGCUAAUUUUUACUUCUACUUCUGUACAUGUCAUAGGCACAUGGAGUACUUUUAAUCCACUCUAUUUAUUUGAACACUCGGUUACUUUGUACAUAUGUAAUGAUAUAAUGAUUGUAUAAUGCAGUACUGUAAUACUUAUCUACACAGUAUUUGAAAAGUAUUUAAAUUUGGUUCACACCAACUAAAAUACAAAAAUGCUCUCACAUGUAUAAAAACAGGAUAA